AUGUCCCAAAAGAAAGUCCUAUUGUGGAAUAGCUACAACUCUACACAAACAGCUCGAAAGGUUCUGGAACAUAGAGGAAAUAAAACAGCAAUCACUCGAAUCGCAAGAGGAAAAUCAUGGGAAGAACACUUCGUAGCUACGCACUCCAGGGACAACAAGGGUGACUCACGUGGCGCAGCAUUAAAACGACUGAAGGCGGUGGAGCGAAAACUUAGGAAGCAGCCGCAAUUAAGGCAAGACUAUUACGCAUUUAUGUCGGAAUAUUUAGAAUUAAAUCAUAUGAAAGAAGUCUUGCCCGAGGAAAUGCAACUUGAACUAGUUUAUUAUCUCCCUCACCACGCUGUGAUUAAGGAAGACAGCGAUACGACGAAAAUAAGAGUCGUAUUCGAUGCGUCAUGCAAGUCGUCUACGGGAAUAUCUUUAAACGACUGUCUUAAAAUAGGACCACCUAUCCAGGCAGACCUAGUUGACAUCCUUUUACGACUACGUCAGCAUCAGUAUGCAAUGUCAGCAGAUAUCACCAAAAUAUGCCUGCAAGAAGUCGCAUUACAAGGACAAGAAGAGCAUCCUGAUGCAAGUAGAGCAAUAGCGAACGACUUCUACGUAGACGAUCUAUUGACAGGAACGCAAACUCCAGAAGAUCUCAAAAAAUUAAGGCAAGAAAUAACUGAGAUGCUGAGCAACGCAGGGUUUGAACUUCGAAAAUGGAAAUCCAACUGUUCGGGAAUCAGUGAUAAAGUCAACAAUAACAGCUCCACAGUAGAGAUAGGAGAACCCGCCAAAAUAUUAGGCCUAUUAUGGGACACAACCGAGGACACUUUCCAUUAUAAAUUGCGAUUGUCGGAAGAAAAGGGAACAGUCACCAAGCGCAGUAUAUUGGCUCAAGUCGCUCAAAUAUAUGAUCCUCUUGGACUAUUAAGGCCAAUCGUGGUCAAGGCUAAAAUAAUCUUACAUCGCCUAUGGCAGGAUAGUGGCGGCUGGGACGAAAAAGUCACGGGAGAAACACUCCGACUCUGGAAACAAUGGAGAUCGCAAAUUCAUGACAUUCAAACAAUCGCAAUACCUAGAAGGGUAGCGGAGCAGUCAGCUCAAAUAGAAAUGCACGGAUUUUGCGAUGCGUCGGAGAGAGCAUAUGGCGCGUGCCUAUACCUUCGCAAUAUCAAGGCCGAUGAUACGUAUAUUACCAGACUAUUAUGUGCAAAAUCACGUAUAGCUCCAUUAAAAAAGGUAUCAUUGCCCAGAUUGGAAUUAUGUGGAGCAGUCUUGCUGGCACACCUGACUGAAAAGGCUAUGCAUGCAUUAAGCAUUACGGUGCAUCAGAUCUACUAUUGGAGCGAUUCUACUAUAACGUUAUCAUGGAUCGGUGGAGAGCCCAACAAAUGGAAUACAUUUGUAGCUAAUAGAGUGGCGGAGAUACAUCGGAUCACCGAUAAAGCGUCAUGGUAUCACAUAAAAUCAGAAGAUAAUCCUGCUGACCCGUUAUCAAGAGGAAUCAGCCCUAAUAAGUUAAGAUCAAAGAAGAUUUGGUGGGAAGGCCCAGAAUUCUUGCAACACGAAUCAACAUUGCAGGCAUAUGACUGCAGAAGCAAUGAAUCUCACAUACCGGAAAGGCGUAAUGUAAAAUCAGUAGUACUUGCAUCAACAAACAGUGUUAACCCAUCCAUCAUUCAGAAGUUCUCGUCACUUACCAGAUUAAGGCGCGUAGUAGCUUAUUGCUUGCGGUUUAAGAGCAACUCGUUAAAGUCUACAAAUCGCGUUGGCGGCUCAUUAACAGUAUUAGAAUUAGAACAGGCCAUGACAGCAGUGAUAAAAAUCUGUCAGGCGAACGAAUUCUCAAAAGAAUUGGACAUUUUAGUCAAGGGAGCGAAGGUAGAUUUGAAAAGUAGGCUUUCGACCUUGCAUCCAUUUCUUGAUUCCAGCGGCAUCAUUCGUGUGGGGGGAAGGCUCCAUCAUGCACCAUUAGAAUAUACGCAGAAGCAUCCUAUUGUGUUGCCAAAAAAGAAUCAUCUUACCGAUUUAAUAAUAAGAGACGCGCAUUAUAGAAACUUGCAUGCUGGUCCGCAGGCAGUUUUAGCAAUGUUGCGCAACGAAUUUUGGCCAAUAGCCGGUAAGAGCGAAGUGCGUAAAAUAUUAAGAAACUGUAUUGUCUGUUUUCGCGUCAAACCCGCCAAUGUAACCUAA